AUGGUUAAAGUGUCUUUUAACUCGGCUUUGGCUCAAAAAGAUUCAAAGAAGGACGCGGAAAGUCUCAUACCAGAGGACGAGGACAAAGAUGCGGAGGCGGCUGUCCCCCUCAGGCCUCAGUCCAGAGUCUGGUGCUGGUGCAUGUGUCUGGGUCUGGCGCUGAUGCUCAGUGGAGUCGUGGUGGGAGGAGCCUAUCUGUACCGCUACUACUUCCUUGAGGAGGGGCAGGUGUACUACUGUGGAGUGAACUACAGAGAGGAAGACUUCAUGAUCCUGGAGGAGGAAGAGGUGCAGGUGGAGAUUGAGGCUCAGUUCAGUCUGAAGCAGAUCGCUGAGAGGAUCCAGGUGUUUGAAGAGGAACAGGUGGAGCUUAUCAACGUCCCAGUCCCCGAGUUCGACGAUCGAGACCCGGCCGACAUCGUGCACGACUUUCAGAGGAUGCUCACUGCUUAUCUGGACUUGAGUCUGAACAAAUGCUACGUUAUUCCCUUGAACACUUCCAUUGUGAUGCCACCCAGAGACCUGCUGGAGCUGAUCGUCAACGUCAAGGCUGGUACCUACUUGCCUCAGUCAUACCUGCUUCAUGAGGAGAUGAUUGUGACAGAGCGUAUAGAGAACGUGAACCAGCUGGGCUCCUUCAUCUACAACCUGUGCAACGGAAUAGACACCUUCAGACUGCAGCGUAGAGAUACCAUCCCAGGAAUACAAAAGCGUGAGGCCCUCAACUGCCGCAAGAUCCGUCACUUUGAGAAUAAAUUUGUGGUUGAAACAAAGAUCUGCGAAGCUUAA